AAUCAGCUUACCAUCAGUUCAGCAUAUAUACUUUAGCAACCAUGAUAACCCAAUAAUGACUCUACCGAUAAUUAGACACACUCCGGAUUUAGAUACUCCAUGUUGAGUAUAGCUUGGUCUGCUCUGGGGGCAAGCAUACGAACGUGAAAAGUUUCAACUUUCGAAUAGGCUCUGAAAGACAGGGUAUUUGUGAUCAGAAAAUACAAUAUGAAUUGGAUGUGCCUCCGCUAGGCUGUUAUCCGUGCAUUGGCGUACAGAAUAUCUGCUAUGUGCCUCAUGUUUCACUUGUGAUGUGGGACUGGUCGGGUUAAUGAGGUUCAGGGUCGCCCUGGCAGAGGUUUCUUUCGAGAACAAAACUUAGUUCUAGAAAGGAUUUACAGUGUUUCACUUGACGCUGUGAAAAUCAUAUUGAUCAUGCCAAGUGCUGAGGCUGUGAAUGUCGACAAAACCAUGGUCCGCGUGGACUGUGGAGAGAUUUUCGGAGGAUACUCGGUGAAUUUAUAUGUUCAAGGCACACCCUUCUGUUUUGCUGCUGGCACCACCGGUGGUGGAAAUGCCAAGCCUGCUGCCCCUUCCAGCUUGAAGGUGUGUUCAUAUGCCUCUAGGCUUGUACAAUGGCUGACAGAUGACACCCCUCGUGCUCUCAUUGAUCGUGAGUGGAAUUUCACUGGCACCGAGGAUACUACCAACGACCGGUGCUGCGUCACCAAGGUUACUACUUGCGAGGGUGGUACCUCGAAGGGCCAGGCUUGGAUCCAGGACAAGUGUGCUGAUGGCAAGUUUGAGCCCUGCAAGUCGGCUCCAACAAAGAGUAUCGUCGGUGUUGGAAACAAGGGUGUUAUCCGUGGAAAGGGUCUCCGCAUUACCAACGGCAACAAGAACGUGAUCAUCCAGAUCAUCCACUUCACUAUAAGUUCCGAUUUAGAGCACCGAAUUGAACCCUCAGUCACUUUCACUGGUUGCGACCAGAUCUGGAUUGAUCACAACAAGUUCUCCCUCAUCGGUCGUCAGCACAUCGUCAGCGGCUGGCAGCCUGCCGGACACGUCACUAUCUCGAACAACGAAUUCGACGGCCGCACUUAUGGUCAUUCCUUCGACGUCGAUACAACACUUGGAUGCCCCCUUGAGCGCAACGUGUGGGAGUCCGUUGGCACCCCAAUCACCGAUACUGCCCUCAAGAGCGGCACUGUCAUCUAUAACUUGAGCAAGUCUGCACAGUUCCCUCGCGCCGAUGCCGAUGUUCUGAAGAAGGCCAGCACCUACAAGGCGUCCAUUCCUCCUAACACUCCCGUUGCCAAUGUCCCUAAGAACGUCACGGCCAACGCGGGUGUUGCCAAGCUCAAAUAA